UACAGGAUGGCCGAUCUAAAGCGCGAUCUUGACGAGUACCUGCUGUUGCAGGAAAAUCAGAAGAAAAACUUUAAGAUAGAGAUGCCCAAAAUGCCAUCCCUGCCUACGCCGGAUCUCGUGGGAAAGCUGUUCGGCCGCAACCAGGAACCGGAAGCAAACAGUUGGCUCAAGGAUACGCAGGACACUUGUUGCCCGAAGCUGUCUCGUAUCCAGCGGAUAGUCGGAUUCGUGACAUGCAUGGGGCUUGGCAUUUUCUGUAUGAUCGUGUCCACCUUCUACAUACCCGUGCUGAUACUGAAGGCGAGAAAGUUUGCCCUCCUGUACACACUCGGCAGUGUGUUUUUCAUCAUGAGCUUUUCAUUCCUAAGCGGCUUUGGUGCAAUGUUCCGCCAGAUGUUUUCCCGCGAACGGGUCGCAAUGUCUAUCAGCUACACGUGCUGCCUAACGGCCACACUUUACUUCGCUAUGGUUGCGCAAAGUACCGCCCUGACGGUAUUGUUUGCCGUCGCUCAGAUCAUUACGCUGCUGUGGAUGAUACUGGCCGCCAUUCCGGGUGGUAUGAGUGGGGUAAAAUUCUUUGGCAGUAUGUUCCGAAGUUCUGUAUCGAGCACACUGCCCGUUUAAAAUGAGUGAGA